AUGUCCUUCUUCGCCCGCCCCGACUCGCCCCCGCCCCGCGCGCCCUCGCCCGACGUCCUCCCUGAGCCCCUCCCCUGCCACCGCCACCCCCGCCGCGUCGCAUCCCAGCCAAAGGUCCGCAGCCCACACCACUCGCCCGCCCUGCCCCCCGGCCUCCACGCACGCACACGCACUCUCCAGUCGGCCCGCUCCGCAGACGUCCUCAGCAUACGGUCAAAGUCCUCCGACGACAGCCACAGCAGCGUCCACAGCCUCACCAUGCGCCCCGUGAAGACGCGGACCACACUUGGCGUGUACGACUCGCCCUCCCCGCGGUCAACACCCUCCACGUCGCCUUCGCCCACGCCCUCGCCCGCGUCGUCCUCGAGGAACAGCCCGGACUUCACCCGUAGACACAGAAGGACCCUCUCGGUCGUCGUGCCCCACCCGGGCUCUUUGUCUCCAAACACUACCACGGACUCGCUCCUGCCCCCGGUGCCCUCUGUCCCUGCGGCAUACACAUACACCGGCCCAAAGCACAUCAUCUGCCCAAAGCCCAUGUCGUUCACGCCCAUCUACCUCCCGGACAUCGAGGAGCUGUCCCACCCCCCGCCCGUCGCGCCGCCCAGGACGACCGUGCGCGUCAAUGCGGUCGAACAAAAGAGUCCCACCGGCACCACCGCGAGCAAGACACCGAGCCCGCCUCUCCCGCCGCUCGAGAAGCACCGGAGCAUGGGCAUCGCGUGCCUCAAGUUCUUCGGCCGCGGCAUGCGCAAGCAGCAGCAGCAGCCCGUCAGCGUCCCUGUGGUCUGA